ACAUGUAAUGAUAUCAACAACAGUGUAAAAUGUUUCAUGUAUCUUUCUUGGGAAAAUGUCGGUCCUGAAAAGGACCACCCAAACUCAACGUUUCGACAAGUAUGCUCUUGUCGGUUUCAGGAGAGUGAGCAAAGUUUGUGAAAGCAGGCAUUCUAUAGAGGCCUACCAAACAAAAAUAAAUCUUUAUCUUUCACUUGCACUUACACAGAUUAUUAACUUACACAUUAAAAUGAUUAAAUUAUCUUUAUAAGACAAGCAGAGGCGGUGGAACAUCAGGCUCAUACUCUGAAGACAAGCAAUAUUGAUCAACAAUAGAUUUAAACAAAUAGGUCUGAGCAUUUUUUUUCAUAAACGUUUAAGCAGUUACUCACUUCUAGGAAAGUCCAUCUCUUCAUGCACCUUCCUCACAAACUGAGGGCAAUAUUCAUUCCAUACAAUGAUACAACAUUCUUGAGCAAACAGGCAUCUCCAAAUUUCCACCACACAAACUUUGUUACUCUGUGCCAAUACAUUCAAAGUUCUUUUUUACAUUUUUUCUUAUGUGUAAUAGUUCAAUUUUAAGUGAAUGAGGGGAUAUCUCCUGCAAAUAUUAGUUUAGACAGUCAAGUUCCUGUUGAUAAAAUGUGAGGUCAAUUGUUCAGUUGACCCCUGCACACAUUAACAAACAAGCAGAACUUUAACCAGUAUGCCCCAAAUUCCAUCAGAAGUAAUUUUUCUAUGCUCUUGCACGUCAAUAAAUGUAGAACACAAGUUUGCUUCAACAUUCAAACAAUUCUAUUCACACUGAGAUAAAGGAAAACAUUCCUGUGAAAUCCUCCAUUAUAUUCAUUUAUUCUUCCUUUACUUGUAAAUAACCAUUGAUAUUUGGGAAUUGAAAACCUCCCAGAUUAUUUCAUCAACUCAAUAAAAGUACCCUUUUAAUUUGUGUUGUGAAUCUAUCGUUCAAGGGGGGGGGGGGGGUGAUCUAUUGUUUCAUCCCCCACUUGAAUACUAUGACGUCACGGAAAAACCCCAGUGCCUUUUAGCAUCUACAUAUUCUACAAAUUUGAUUGCACUGUACUUCUGUAUUUAUAUUCUAUUUAGUAGCUGUACAACCAAUGUUUAUUUCUAUUGAAAGAAUUGAAAUUAGACUAGAUAAUGCCCUUUCUCUAUAUGAGGCAUUCUAUGCAGUUCCCCCAUUCCGUUCUCAUUUUUACCUUUGCUUAUAAAUAAUUCACAUUUUCUUUGUAUUCUUAAAAACUGAGAAUGAAAUACAGGUCCAUAUGAAAUUGUGAAUUUACUUGAAUUGAAUUAUUUACAGAAUAUAUUAACAGGCCCAGUAGAAAUUACAAAAACAUACAUGAAUAGACCUUGGGAUCUGUUUCAGUGGUCUGUUAUUUUUGGAUUGGUUUCUAUUUUGUAACUUCCAUCAUUUCCAUUCAUAACAAGUGGAACGCCUCUGGCAGUCUCGCCUGCAUUACGCGAUUUAAUAUAGCAGCAGUGCUAACUUUGAAAACUACUAUAAAAUAAUCAUUCACAAAAACACCAUUCAUAUAAUGACAUAAUACCACGUUCAUUGACCAUAGAUGACAUUUGAACGGUGACUUAAGACUUGUCAACUACACCCAUGUCCACAUUUCAUUCACUCUAUCCAUAAACUUUCAAAGUUAUGAUGGCAAUUCAACAAUUACCCCAACAUGGCCUACGUUUAUUGACCUUAACUGACCUUUGACCUUGGUUUUGUGACCUGAAACUCACAGGGGAUGUUCAGUGAUACUUGAUUACUCUUAUAUCCCAAGUUUUAUGAAAUAGAUCCAUAAACUUCAGAGUUAGGAUGGUAAUUCAACAAAUACCCCCUACACGGCCAAAGUUCAUUGACCUUUAAUGACCUUUGACCAUGGUCAUGUGACCUGAAACUCGUACAGGAUAUUCAGUGAUACUUGAUUACUCUUAUGUCCAAGUUUUAUGAACUAGAUCCAUAAACUUUCAGAGUUAGGAUGGUAAUUUAACAAAUACCCCCAACACGGCCAAAGUUUAUUGACCUUAAAUGACCAUUGACCAUGGUCAUGUGACCUGACACUCACACAGAAUAUUCAGUGGUACUUGAUUAACCUAAUGUCCAAGUUUCAUGAACUAGAUCCUUAAAUAUUCAAAGUUAUGAUGGUAAUUCAACAAAUACCCCCAACUUGGCCAAAGUUCAUUGACCCUAAAUGACCUUUGACCUUGGUCAUGUGACCUGAAACUCAGGCAGGAUGUUCACUCAUACUUGAUUAACCUCAUGUCCAAGUUUCAUGAACUAGAUCCAUACAUUUUCAAAGUUAUGAUAGUAAUUCAACAAAUACCCUCAACUUGACCAAAGUUCAUUGACCCUAAAUGACCUUUGACCUUGGUCACGUGACCUGAAACUCGAGCAGGAUGUUCAUUAAUACUUGAUUAAGCUUAUGCCCAAGUUUCAUGAACUAGGUCCAUAUACUUUCUAAGUCAUGAUGUCAUUUCAAAAACUUAACCUUCGGUUAAGAUUUUAAAAAUAAUUCUCCCAACAUGGUCUAAGUUCAUUGACCCUAAAUGACCUUUGACCUUGGUCAUGUGACCUGAAACUCAGGCAGGAUGUUUAGUAAUACUUGAUUAACCUCAUGUCCAAGUUUCAUGAACUAGGUCCAUAUACUUUCUAUGUUAUGAUGUCAUUUCAAAAACUUAACCUUAGGUUAAGAUUUGAAGUUGACGCCGCCGCCGCCGCCGUCGGAAAAGCGGCGCCUAUAGUCUCGCUCUGCUAUGCAGGCGAGACAAAAACAAACUCAAAAUACAGUCCAGACAUGACACUCAAAUAACAGUUUCUAGGGGGUGCAUUCAAAUCAUUUUCUAUAGCUAGAAUCACAAACAUAACUCAGUUCAAAACACCAAUACAAACAUGCUUCCUGAUUAAUAGAGUGACACACAUUUCCUAAUAUUGUAAAAUGUAGGCCUGAUUUGGAUUUUUCUCUCAAGUAAUCGAAAUCCUCAUUGAAUUCCUCAUGGAACAUAUAAAACCAUUAUUGCAUGAAAUUGACAUAGAAAGUCGGCACUUGUGAUACUAAGACCGGGCAUAAACUUUAGAGCAAAUAGAGGUCUGUGCCUGAAGACUAACAAGUUGAACUUUUAGCAUGGUAUGAAUAGAAUGCACAGUGUAUUGUUAUUGUGUGUGUGUGUGCAUGUGUGUAUCAAUAGACUUUUGUACAUGGCUAUGUACAGUACAGUAAACGGCCGUGUAGUUGAAGAAUGGAGGCAGACGUUUAAUUGUACACUGGACGAGUACACGGCUAGGCUUGCAAUCCAUGUAGUUUAGCUAUUGAGCACACACAGAGCCUUAUUCUUUCUCAGUGUAGUCAUUGCAUUGUUGAGAAUUUAGCUUGUCAAGUGAAGUUGGCUUUACUGUCUUCCAAUAAAAGUUAUUUUCCUUAUUCUGAUGUUGCUCGUUUAUCAUCAUUUCUAGCUGAACGAAAAUGAAGAGUUUUGUCUGGGAACACUUUGACAAAGUUGGUAUCAACAGAGCAACUCGCAAAACAGUAAGAUGCAGACUUUGCAGGACCGAGCUGGCAUACCAUAACUCAACAGGGAGCAUGAUUAACCACAUGCUCCAUAAGCAUCCCUUACGGGUACCAGGCUCUAGUGAAUCCUCGGCUGGUGCUCGCGAGGAUGGUGGUGGGAAGGCCCCUCGCAAAGACUUCUAUCAUCAGGAGAGCAGUGGCCCUUCACAAGAAUCUCCUGGGCCGGUCACCAUGCCUGAACCAGUGACCAUGGCCGCAACGACCGACCUGCCCCCUAAGGCCAAGAUUAAGAUGAGGAGUUACGUGUGGAAUCACUUUGACAAAGUCGGCUGCAGAACCACGCGAUGCAGACACUGCCAGGUUGAGCUUGCAUACCAUGCAUCGACGGGGAGCAUGAUAAAUCACCUCCAACUUAAGCAUCCAUCGACCAAUCCCGAUCCAAGCACAACUCCUGGUCUGACUCCUCGAAAGUCCCAUCAGGAUCAGUUCAAAGCCUUCCUCACCUCCAACACUAAAAGCGAAAGCUGCAGCCCAGAACGGGUGAUUGGAAUAACUAGGCACAUUACAACCAUGAUUGCGGAUGUCAACUUGCCUGUAAGCUUCGUCGAAGAGCCGUCCUUCCAAGAACUCCUCAAGUACAUAGAACCGGGAUACUCACUUCCUAAUCAGAGUUCUAUAACGGUGCACCUGCAACUACUGUACGAUGCGAAGAAGGCAACUGCAAAGGCCGAGAUCGCAAACUCAACUUCAUUUGCUAUUUCAACCGACUGCUGGGCUUCAGGGAUGCAAGAGUAUUUGACACUUACAGGACACUACGUCGAUAAAGAAUGGCAGUACAAAGCGGUAGUCCUCGAUACCUCACCCCUGGCCAUUGAUGAUAUCAACGAUGACAACAGCACUGAGGAUCCCAGCGAUCACAUAAAGGCUAUCCUUACAGAUCAUCUAAAACGAGUUCUGGAAGAAUGGGACCUGGGGCUGGGGGACAAGGUAUCUUCCAUCGUCAACGACAACUCACCCAACAUCACAGACAUCGGAAAAGAUGCCUUGGAUGCCUUCGAUGUCGGAUGUGCAGCCUAUCUGCUCCACGAAGCCGUGAAUCACGGAAUCCAGAGUCAUGAGGAAAUAUUGAACCUCGUUGCAGCCGCCAAUCAACUCGUUAGCUACUUCCAUCACAGCAUCGAUGCGACGGACACCCUCAGAAAGGAGCAAGAAUUCAUGGACCAAGAGCUGAAGGGGUUGGUUUCGUCUGUGGCAUCACACUGGGUGUCCAUCCUUAAUAUGCUCGAAAGACUGACAGAAGUGCGAGGGCCGCUUCUAAGAGUUCUGAGUAACCAGAGACUCAUGGAUCAGGAUGAAGAAAUCAAGAUUGACCUGACUGAAGACCAAUGGGCUCUUGUGGAUCUUGUCAAACACUGCCUGAAGCCACUGAAGGUUGCAACAUUCGUCUUGUCUUCAAAAGAAAACGUUGCCUCAUCCAUCACUUUACCAAUUGUCUUUGGCCUCCUCCAUAACCACCUUGUGAAGAAAGAGGGAGAAGCAGAUGCCAUAGUUAGGUUCAAGAAUGUUAUGAGAAAUCAAAUCGAGAGCAGGUUCCUCCAACCCGGUUUCCAGGCAGGUGUGGCGGCUAUUGCAGCAGCCGUUGAUCCGAGGUACAAGAAUCUCAAGUUCCUCUCGCAUAAUGACCGGGAAGUUGUGUGGGCCGAGGUGCGCAAACACCUUGAGACACUUCAGAAAGCUCAUGAGGAAGCCAAAGGGUGUAAAGCGGACCAGGAUAGCAGCUCUGAUCAGGAACCUUCGGCCGAUUCCGUUCUGGAUUUCCUAAUGGGCACAGCUGCCGAGCCAGCUCGACGUCAGAAUUCAGCGAUAGACGAAUUCGAGGAGUUCCUCGCGCAGAAGCAGGAACCCCGUAACACGAAUCCUCUCACGUGGUGGCGUGCCAACAGUGGCCGUUUUCCAAUUCUCCAGAAUCUAGCCAAGAUAUACUUGGGUGUCCCUGCAACUGCAGUGCCUGCCGAAAGAGUCUUUUCCCUGUCUGGCAACGUUGUAACAGCAAAGCGAAGUUGCCUGUCACCUGAGAACGUAAAUAUGCUGGUCUUCUUGAGUCAGAAUAAAUAGGGACUUGACAAGCCAACUUGAAAAUGAAACAGAAACUAUUCAUGCUUGAUCACUAUCAGAGUCAAGAAACUGUCAAAUAUUUUUUCCAACUCUAUUAUGAUUCUGAGUGAGUAGAGUGACUGAACUGAUUCUUUGCACUUCGUUCAUUAAUAAUCAAGUAUUAAAUGAAAGAAGUGUUGUGCGAUCCGUUGCUCUAAGAAUUGAAAACAUUUCACAUGAACUAUGAUAAAACAUACAUAUAAAUCAAUUUUCUUUUGUAAUGUUUGUAUAGAAACUAGGGAUAUUGAUUUCGGGCCCUGCAUAAAGCUUAAAUGUAGCAAUUGAUCAUGGCUGUGGAGCUGAUGAUUCUACAAUUGAUUGCAACAAUUACUGUAGAUGAUCAAACAUAAUGAUCAGCCUCACAAUCAAUUGCUCUGGAGGAUUCAAUGUUACAGGUAAUCGGACUGAAAUUAAGGCGAAUAGGAAGUAAUGUGAUUUCAACUGAUCAAUCAUCUAAAAUCUUUAGAAUUACCACUGUAAAAGAAGGCCAGUAUGAUUUCAUCAAUUGGUUGUUACUUUUCAGUUUUGAAACAGAUGGUUUAACAUUCAAGCAAUCUGGUCAACAUCAAUAUUGUUUUACAAAGAAAUUUAACCAAGAAACUAGAAACUUAUUGAACUUGUUGAGGGGGAAAAAAACCCUCCUAAAUGAAGGCCUUUCCCACAGGGUAGCGCACAUGUUCCCUCAUGUACACUGAAUAGUGAACUUUUAAAGAAAAAUAAUUACUCAUGUAAAGUAGAAUUUUAAAGAAGUUCACAAUUUUUUCUGUUAUGUACCUGUAUUCAUAGUAAUGACUGAAAUAGGAGAGGUUUUAUUCUUUGUUUCAAAGUUCAUUUUCGGUCUAUGAGAAUUAUUACUUUGAUGUCUAUUCUACAUGUAGUAGGCCCAUACAAAACUAAUUUCCAUUUAAAUUCAUGGAUGGUUUUCUUCUGUUGAAGCCGAGCAAACAAAAUUAUUCUUUAAUUUUUUGGCAACUGCUGACUUUUGGAGGCUAUUUCUCUUAUUUCAUAGGCAAUUUUUUGGCUAAAUGAGCAAUUAUACUUUCAAAAGAUAUCUCACUUUUUGCUGCACAGUAGAUCAUUGUUUUUCUAAAUUUCCUUGGAUAUUGUCUGUUGCAGAUCUUGGGGCAACUUUAGGAAAGAUGGUUGCCCCAAAGCAUUCUGUUUUGCAAAUUUUAGGGACGCUUUCAACUGUCAUGUCCAAUUAGUCAAAGCAAUUAUUAUGCUAAAGCAUAUAUAUCUCUUUUAAGUUUUCUGAGGUUCAAACAAUAUUUUACUUCUUAGGCACAGAAAUUUACCUAAAUUAGAAGCUAAAUCACUGAUCAGCAAACUUGAACAAAUUUUGCAUUUAAGCACACUGAUUCUUCAACUAUUUUAUUCAAAGAAAAAGCAUUGAUGUUGCGUUUCGCUGUUGCUUAUUACAGUGCAAAUAAAUAUUUUCUUUUGUUGCGAGAAGCAAUAAUAAAGGUCAGCCAUAUUUCUAAAAUAAAGAAUUGAAUUCUACAGAAAUUGUUGUCAUGCCUACUUCUUAUUGUAUAUAAUUAUUCUUAACUUCUUACUGAGGUAAAAAAAAAUCAACUAAUUAAUGCAUAGCAUUGAAUCCUGAAUAAUGCAUAUUCAUGACCUCUUACAAAGUGACUUAUGGGCAUUUUCGCGGUAACUGACGUUACACGGCACAAUGUUACAUGUACACACUUUUCAUUGUAUGAUUAUCUCUAAAACAACAAAUGAUGGGGGUUUGCUUUUUUUAUUCACAGUAAGGACUUAACUUCUCACUGAGGU